CAGCCGGGUUAUCAGUAAUGAGAGUGAGGUCAAACGUCUUGAAGGCAUCAUGGCUGCUGGUCUUGGCGAGUUUCUCCGUAGUUUAAGACAAGGCCUCAUGAAAGGUGAACAAAAUACACCUACACGUGGACAUGCUCAUGUUGGAGAAUUUGCUCGUGCGAGAAGGCGGAGGGAUCAUGACAUCUCUAUGCCGACGCCUUUGCAACGUGAACCGUGUAAAACUCGGUCUGUGUCUGAACACUGCACUAAGGGCAGCCAUGGAAAUUAUUUGGAGAGAUUGCCUUCUGAGAUCAUUCUGAAGAUCCUUUCUUUUCUGGAUGCCUCCUCUUUGUUCAACAUCAGCUUUGUCAACAAGCGAUUUCAUGAUUUGGCUAACAGCAAUGCUUUGUGGUCUGCGCUGUAUGCUUCUGAGAUUGAAAAGAAAAAGUGGAGGCCCAGAGUGAACGUGAUGAAAGAAGAUGUGAGCAACACAAUUGUGGAAGAGAGGCCUGCUGGAUACUGGAAGAAGCAGUUGCUCAAGGAGAUGGCCGGCUACAAGGACACCCUGUGGAAAACAGAGCUGAAACACAUGAACCCGCACACGGGCAUGCCGGCUCUGACAGAGGAAGUUCUCAGGAGGCUUCACAUUCAGUGGGAGAUCACACUCACAAAUAAGAAUGGACGGGAAAGCGUCUAUAAGCAGACGCACACUUUCUUCGAAGAUUCGUCGGUUACAGUGUGCUGGACCCAAGGUUUCUGGCCGUACAUGAACAAUCUUAAUAGCCUGCAGCUUCAUGGAAUAAUGUGUCCAGCUACACCAGCUCCAGGAGACAAGCCAAGGUGGCGCUCUCUGAUUGGCAAGACAAGCUUGCAAAGGUCUGGACAUUGGUCCUUCUUUGGUGCUGACAGGCUGGUGAAGGUGCUGCAUUUUGAUAAAGGGAUCAUCAUCGGACUCUGGCGGGGCAAUUGGAAAAUUGCCUUCAUCAUGGUCAACCUGCACUUCCACAAACUGAUUGAAAGAAGUCUCCUUGGGUCAAGAUUUUGUCCCUACAUGCCUGCAGAGGACAAUGCUGUGGACCCUGACUGUAGCCGCCAUGGAUACACUCUGCACAUUGUGCUUCACAACCCAGUUCGGCGAAUCAUGUCCCAGCGUUUUUCCCCAUUGUACACCAGCAGAGUGAUGUCGCAAGGGGAAUAUGUGCAGUUAAUCGCCAUUGAUUUCGCUAAUGUAUCUGAGCACGUGCCUGUGGCCAAGAUCAGCCUUCCAUGGCAAGCAGAGGGAUUGCAGGGUGAAGUUGAGCGGUGCUGCAUGAUGACUCUGACGGUGCUGGAUGAGGCUCAGCGUCCCUUCUGGUGUGUGAGUUCUACUGUAAAGAUGUACAGUAGACAAAGAGUGCUGGACUUGGAGUAUGAAGGUGAGCAGUUCAUCAUCCUUUACGGGGAUGGUGAGGGGAAAGUCAAAAUGACAUUCGUGUGGAUGGAGGAGUUUCAGCACUACUUCUUGGUGCAGUUAGCUACUAUGUUCCCAGCGGCCAAAGUGAAAAGGCACUUUGGGGGAGAAUGUUGAACAGUUGAAGUCAACAAUCCACUAGCUGGUUUAUGUUCAGAAUAGUUGGAAUGAUUCUGGCAGUGCUUUGAGUUGUAAAUAUUCAAAGAUUUUGGAAUAUUUUUCAUUUUCAAUGCUUAUUUAAUUUGUUUCUUGUUCAUAAUGAGCUUUUUGGCACUUUGUUAGUGUAAAUAUCUAAAUGUUUUGUUAAGUUUCAGAGGCCUUUGCUUUUGUUUAGGUUGACUGGAAAUGCCAAAGCACUAUUUUCCUUUUCGUACCAAAUUAAAUUUGCUAAAUGUUGUUAAACUUUACUUUUGGUGUCAUGUUUCUCAUAGUUAGUCAAAUAAUUUUCAAAAGGAGAAUAAAUAACACAAUAGUUUGAACAUCCUGUGUAUUGUGUAACUCACAUUGUGAAUGCAAAUGAUGAAAUUAUAUUAAUGAUUUAUUUCUUGUGACAUUUUUAUAAAGGUCAAGUGCUGGAGUGAUGCUUGUCGAAACUUAAAAAAGGACAUUGAGAAACACAUUCAAAACAGCUGGUUUUGGUUCAUGGCAUAAUGUACAAUUUCGAAUCAGCUAAAAUUCGUCUUCAUUAUACCAACUAUAAUAUGUUAGUCGGUAGUUUUCGCACUACAAGCAUCACAAUAUGAAACUGCAAAAAUGUAUAGGUCAACUGGUAGA